AUGGUCCUCCCAGACUAUCCUGCUCCCAACCGGGACGGUAAGGACUCAGACCCCACCUCGACGUGGACAUCAUUAUACAAAUCCCGACACAUCUCGCUCCAGUCCAGGGUAGACUCGCUUGCGGCAGACAGCAUGUGGGAUGAGAGCAGAGAAUCAGUUCCUGAGAUUCCAGCCAUAUACAGCGCUGGCCGAGGACGGUCGACAUCAUUCUUAAUGGACCCGCACAUGCUCAGGUCAAACCCAGAGUCGAUGAAGGACGAUGCCGAAUCAACAGGAUACUACGGAUCACCCACACCAGAGCAACCCGCGACGCCUGUAGUUGCUUCGUCGCCUGGAUCGUCGAUUAACAUCUCUACGUUACACGAGGUGCUCUUCAUUGGAGUUGUUAUCAUGGCUCAGUUCAUGGGUCUUGCUGGACUUGGACAAUCGAUUGCACCGAUGCACAUUAUCGCAGAAGGCCUCCACGUAACAAAUCCGGGCGAGCAAGCGUGGUUUGCCGCAGCUUUCUCGUUGACAGUCGGCACCUUCAUCCUCAUCUCGGGACGCAUGGGCGACAUUCUGGGGCACAAGAGAGUGUUCGUUUUUGGGUACUUCUUUCUCGGCUGCUGGUCUGCGUUUGCCGGCUUCAGUGCAUACGUCGGCCGUCAGGUCUUCUUCGACGUCUGCCGUGCGUUCCAGGGCAUUGGAGCUGCUCUCCUCGCCCCCAACGCUCUCGCUCUGCUGGGUCGUGCGUACCCACCCGGUAUCAAAAAGAACAUUGUCUUUUCGCUGUUCGGUGCCAUGGCACCUUGGGGAUUCGUCAUGGGUUCGCUCUUCUCCAGCAUCUUCGCUCAGCUCACCUGGUGGCCGUGGGCGUUCUGGAGCUACGGUAUCGCAGCUUGGGCACUCGCUGCGUUCUCCGUCAUCAUCAUCCCCAAGGCUCUGGCCCACGACGCUCAGUUCGCUGGCAGAAUGAACAAGCCCGGCAUGGACUGGACGGGAUCGAUACUGGGUGUCAGCGGUCUCGUCCUGGUCAACGUCGCGUGGAACAACGGCCCUCUCUUCGGCUGGAGCCAGCCACACGUCUACUUCAUUCUCAUCAUCGGUAUCCUCGCCCUCGUCGGCUUCGUAUGGGUUGAAGCACGUGCUCUCUCGCCCAUUCUUCCCGUCAGCGCCAUGUCAAGUACCGUCACCUACACCAUGGCUCUUGUCGGAAUCGGGUGGGGCUCGUUCGGAAUCUGGAUCUACUACUCAUGGCGAUUCCUCGAGGAAGUCCGUGGACACACGCCGUUGAGCGUGUCUGCGCAGUACACCCCGGCUCUGGUCUGCGGUCUGCUCGCCGCUGGUGUGACUGGUUUCAUGUUGACGCACACCCCGGUGGCGUUCACCAUGUGUAUUUCCAUGUUCGCCUUCUUCCUGGGACAGCUCAUCACCGCGACACAGCCGGCUCAUCAGUCGUACUGGGCCCAGAUGUUCAUCGCUAUCCUCAUCAUGCCUUUCGGUAAGUCCACAUUACACAAGCCGACUUGGGAAAACGACAUGAAGGCUGACGAUGAACCAAGGCAUGGACAUGUCGUUCCCCGCGGGAACCGUCAUCUUAUCCAACCACAUGCCCCGGGAACACCAAGGCCUCGCGGCUUCCCUGGUCAAUACCAUGGUCAACUACUCCAUCUCCCUCGCUCUCGGGAUCGCCGGCACGGUGGAAGUGCACGUCAACAACCACGGCGCUACCCCCGAAGAUGUCCUCCACGGCAUCCGCUGCGCCUGGUAUACGGGAGUUGCCCUCGCCGGCUUCGGAGUCAUCCUCGGCUCUCUCUUCUUCGGCCGCUCGCUGAUGAAGGAGGGAUGGAAGAUCAUGGACCAUUAA